AGCAGUCGAGCUAGCUUUAUCGACAUUAGUGUCAUCUCGGCAGAUUAGAAGGGAGGUGCGCUAACCUUUGCUGAGUGUACAUUUGAAUUAAAGAGAUGCUUUUGCUUUCUGUGCUGGACUAAACGAAAACGGAAGUUAUUGUAAGGCUUCCUCUUGUUGUGUUGCGCCUCUCUUGAUAAACGAACAACAUUUCCCAGAAGUCCUUGCCGCUGACCUGUCACCCAAAAUGUCAGCCCUCUGAAAGCAAAUGCGCCGGGGUUAUUAUGAUUACAGUGCUCUUUCUUUUAAAGUUUCGUUUAUAUAUAUAAUAAUUCGUAUAUUUAAUUGUAUCGCGUGAACAUUACAUCAUCAUUAUUUCUCCUCCCUGUCUUCUUCAUGGCGUGAGGCUACAAGCGGAACCGAAACAUGUCGUUUUCUAUGGUGAAACGGUGCUGUGGGACGCCCCUGUUUAGACGUGUGCUGCAGUUUAAAAUGUGCAGAAGGAAGAAUCAAGACUCUAAUGUGACCUACACAGUGUUCAGACACCGCUGGAUGAAAGCACUGCCUGUGCUAUGCAGCAGCUCCAGGAGGCUAAGCACCCAGUCCGACAAGGAUGCUGUGGACCUGUCCAAAUUCCCUGUGGACAGAAUCAGGAACUUCUGCAUCAUCGCCCAUAUUGAUCACGGGAAAAGCACCUUGGCUGACAGACUGCUGGAAAUGACUGGUGCGAUAGCGAAGACGGAGAAGAACAAACAGGUGCUGGACAAGCUGCAGGUGGAGCGAGAGAGGGGGAUAACCGUAAAGGCCCAGACAGCGUCUUUGUUUUACAACCACGAGGGGCAGCGGUACCUCCUGAACCUCAUUGACACCCCGGGUCACGUCGACUUCAGCUACGAAGUGUCUCGCUCGAUUUCUGCUUGCCAGGGUGUCCUGUUGAUCGUUGAUGCCAAUCAGGGCAUUCAGGCACAAACUGUUGCUAACUUCUACCUGGCAUUUGAAGCUCAGCUGACAAUCAUUCCCGUCAUCAAUAAGAUUGAUUUGAAAAAUGCUGAUCCAGAGAGGGUGGAGUCACAGAUUGAAAAGGUGUUUGAUAUUCCACGUGAAGAAUGCAUCAGGAUUUCAGCUAAACUUGGAACAAAUGUUGACAAGGUGCUCCAAGCUGUUGUAAACAGGAUUCCACCGCCCAUAGCGAGCACUGAAGACCCAUUUAAAGCCUUAGUGUUUGACUCCAAUUUUGACCACUACAGAGGAGUCGUGGCCAACAUUGCCGUGUUUGGAGGUCGGGUCAAAAAAGGGGACAAGAUCGUGUCGGCACAUCUCGGAAAAGCCUACGAGGUCAACGAGCUAGGCCUUCUCCGGCCAGAUGAGCACCCAACGCAAAAGCUAUUUGCAGGUCAGGUGGGUUACAUCAUAGCAGGGAUGAAGGAUGUGAAAGAGGCCCAGAUCGGUGACACACUCUACCUGCAUGAACAGCCAGUUGAAGCUCUCCCAGGAUUCAAACCUGCCAAAGCCAUGGUCUUUGCUGGCAUGUAUCCAAUGGACCAGUCAGAAUACACUGGCCUCCGCAGCGCCAUUGAAAGACUGACCCUGAAUGACUCAAGUGUCGCAGUGCAAAGAGACAGCAGUCUGGCCCUGGGGGCAGGAUGGAGACUUGGCUUCCUGGGUCUCCUCCAUAUGGAGGUGUUCAAUCAGAGGCUGGAGCAGGAAUACAAUGCUUCUGUUAUCGUGACUGCGCCCACCGUGCCCUACAAGGCUGUGCUCUCCUCAGCCAAACUCAUCAAGGAACAUGGCAGUGAGGAGAUAACCAUUGUGAAUCCUGCUCAGUUCCCCGACAGGUCGGUCGUGUCAGAGUAUUUGGAGCCCAUGGUCUUGGGGACCAUUCUCGCUCCAGACGUUUACAUUGGAAAGAUUAUGACUCUGUGUUUGAAUCGCAGGGCGGUCCAGAAGAACAUGGUGUACAUAGAUGACCAGCGUGUCAUGAUGAAAUAUCUCUUCCCUUUAAAUGAAAUCGUGGUGGAUUUCUAUGACCUCCUCAAAUCACUCUCAUCUGGAUACGCCAGCUUUGAUUAUGAGAAUGCAGGUUACCAGGCUGCUGAUUUGAUAAAGAUGGAUAUUCUGCUGAAUGGACGCCCAGUAGAAGAGCUGACCACAGUUGUACACAGGGAGCGUGCGUACAGUACAGGGAAAGCCAUGUGUGAGCGACUAAAGGACUCCAUCCCAAGGCAGAUGUUUGAGAUUGCCAUACAGGCAGCUAUUGGAAGUAAGGUCAUUGCAAGAGAAACAAUAAAGGCGUACAGAAAAAAUGUUCUCGCAAAAUGUUAUGGAGGUGACAUUACACGGAAAAUGAAGCUACUGAAGAAACAGGCAGAAGGUAAAAAGAAGAUGAGGCGUAUCGGCAAUGUGGAAGUUCCCAAAGAUGCUUUUAUUAGUGUUCUGAAGAGGAAAGAAAAAUAGACUGUGAGACUAUAAAACAACAUGGAGCAGGUUUUUGUUAUUGAAAGGCUCUGUUACGUUUUCUUUGAAUAAAGUGCUGCAAACUGGAGUGAAAAUCCUUAUUUGUACAUGUGUCACAAGUUAUUGGCUCUUUUCUCUCAGGCAACACCAGCAUUACAAACCAUUCUUUCAUCAUUACACCUUCAUGUUCAUGACCAUUAUAGUUAUAACUUAUAGUUAUACUUGUAACAUUUACAUAAAUGCAGUCUGAAACCAAUCAGGAGAAUGGCUAGAUGUUUGAAAUGCAAAACCCCCACACUGGUUCAAGAGGAAGUAAAACAAGAGAAGCUCACAUAGUACAGUUCUGUACAACAUCUACCUGCUAUAUUGUUCAGUAUGCGCCCUGAUCAAAUUAUAGAAUUAUAUAGAAAUAUAACUGGGAGCCGUAAUGAGGAGGCCAAGCAGUUCAGCAGGGCACGGUCGCCAUGACAACUCGAUUCAAGUAUGUCAAAGGGACUUUCGGGAAAAAUACACUUUUGCUUUCUGUUACACCUGAAAAUGACGCAUUAUUUUUGGUGUCAUCACGUACAGCAGUUACUAAUGUUUUUUUGUUUUGUUUUUUCCCAAGUAUCACACAGUAUCUAGGGAGGCACUGACACUGUCAGUCGUUUUAAAGAAAAAAACAUAUAGAUGCCAUUUCCAUCCUUCAUUAUCUUAAUGUGGAACUUCCCAGACUAGAAACUAUCAGACUGCUUUCGCUGGCUGUUUGGCUUUAGUUGGUAGUAAACGCCGACAGCCACUGUCCUAUUGUAGUCCUAGAAGACACUUUUACGUGACCAUGAAAAUGCUUUGAUAGUUGGGAUCACUAAUACUUCUGGAAUGACAUCUUUUCCAAAAAGGCAAUGAC